UCCAAGAUUUUCAUACCCUUGUUUUAGUAUUUGGACACAAAAUUUAGCACAACAAAAACCCAACUUUUGUAGAGUAAAAAUAAAGAAAAAGAAAACCUAAAAAAAAAAAGAGACUUGAAGAAAAACAAUGGCAACCCAGACUUUGGUUUCAUCUUCCCUUACUUCAUCUUCUUCCUCUUCAAUGGAAGCUGCUAGACAAGUAUUCAGAGGAAGACCACUUCAAUAUGCAACUGUUAACGUUGGCUCUUCAAGGAAGGGUUCAUUUGUUGUUAGAGCUGCUGCCACUCCACCUGUUAAGCAUGGAGCAAACAGACAGCUUUGGUUUGCAUCCAAACAGAGUCUUUCUUACUUAGACGGCAGCCUCCCAGGUGAUUUCGGGUUUGACCCACUUGGCCUUUCAGAUCCAGAAGGAACAGGAGGAUUUAUUGAACCAAAAUGGCUAGCAUAUGGUGAAAUUAUCAACGGACGUUUUGCCAUGUUAGGAGCAGCAGGAGCAAUCGCACCCGAAGUCUUCGGCAAACUCGGUCUUAUCCCAGCUGAAACCGCACUCCCAUGGUUCCAAACUGGAGUGAUUCCACCCGCUGGAACUUACAGUUACUGGGCAGACCCCUUCACACUAUUUGUACUAGAAAUGGCUCUUAUGGGUUUUGCUGAGCACAGAAGAUUGCAAGACUGGUACAACCCUGGAUCCAUGGGCAAACAAUAUUUCUUAGGUUUGGAAAAGGGUUUGGGCGGAUCAGGUAACCCUGCUUACCCAGGUGGACCUUUCUUUAACCCCCUAGGAUUUGGAAAAGAUGAGAAGUCAAUGAAGGAAUUGAAGUUGAAGGAAGUGAAGAAUGGAAGAUUAGCCAUGUUGGCUAUUUUAGGUUAUUUCAUUCAAGGUUUAGUCACAGGAGUUGGACCUUUCCAGAACUUGUUGGACCAUUUGGCUGAUCCAGUCAACAACAAUGUCUUGACCAGUCUCAAGUUCCACUAAAUUUCUAUGCCCAGGUUCUUGUACUCUGGGACUUCAUUCUCUUCUCUAUUUUCCUUUUUAUCCUUUUUUCCCCCCUUUUCUCUCUAUUUGUGAAAGUUUAUGGAAACUCUUGUAAUUUGUAAUUAAGAUUAGAUAAACUGGUUUAUAUUAUGGUAAAUUUAUUUUAAGUAAUACCAUUUGAAAUAA